AUGGCAGAGAAUUCGUGGAGGAAGAACCUCAAGCGAUCUUUCUUAGAAGAUGAUUAUGAUUCCAAUAAGAAACCACCAGAAAAACGAGUACGGUUUCCAAAAGGGAAGAAAUCUAAACCUAAACAAGUCUUAGAGGAAGAUACUGAAGCUCCCCGCCAACUCCAAGCCCGUGCACGGGCUCGCAAUCAGCUUACUGCUGACGAUGACAACUUCGAUGAGGCUGAGGAGACUUAUGAGAAUGAUGGGAACCGCACAGAAGAUGGGAUUCAGGUCGAAGCUUUUAGUCUAGACAGGGAGAAAGAAGAAGGAUACUUUGAUGAUAAUGGCAACUUUGUAGAAUAUGUUGAGAAAAAAGUCAAGGAUGCAUGGCUUGACAGUAUUGAAAAUAAUCCCAUGUAUAUGGGACGAUCUUCUGCAAAUGAUACUGAGAAGGAUGAAUAUAGUCAUGGGAACGAAAAAUCAGCCGAUGAACUUUCUCAACAAGAUAUUGGAGUCAUAAAGAGGCGUAUUGCUAAUGUCCUUGAACAAGGGGAAACGGUCUUGCGAGCUUUAAGGAGGCUGAAAGGGAAUAAUCGCAAGGAAAAGAUGACGUAUGAGACAAAGCUCAUCUUUGAUCAGCUUACUGAUGAUGCGGACAAGCUCAUCCAGAAUGGCGACUACGACGUUUAUCUUCAAAAGCUAGAAGUUUUUGAACGUGAAGCAGAGGGAUACGAGAAACUAGCUCAAGCGAGAGUAAAUGAGAAUGCUGAUACAGAAUCCUGUGAUAUGUUUGGCGAUGAUGAAGAUGGGGCCUCGCAACAUGGGGACACAAAUGAUGGAUCUGGUUAUGUCUUUGACGAGUCUUCCGGGUACUAUUACAGCAACAGCCUUGGUUAUUAUUAUGACCCAAACACGGGACUAUACUGCUUUGCAACAACCGGUAAAUGGUACAAAUACGACGAAGAGACAAAGGAAUAUGAAGAGGUGGUUUCUGAAGUUGCUUCGGUGGAGGAAGUUUAA